UCAGAGGGACUCACCGGGCGGAACGGGAAAAUGACGGUGGAGAGAGUCUUCGAUGAGCUCGGACAUUUCAAAAGAUUUCAGGCAUGUCUGUAUUUAGCGGCGGUCUUCCAGGCCACAGCGUGUGGAAUCCACUACCUGUCCUCCGUCUUCCUGGUCGAGACGCCCAACUUCGUGUGCGGCGUGCCCGGCAACGUCACCGGCGUCCUCUACGGCAACAUCACGGGCUCAUGUCUGGAGGAAAUCCUGCCGCUCGCCGGGUCAGGGAGCGGGCCUCUGGUGGUGAGGACGGCUGAGGGGGAGCAGUGGGAGCUGAGCCGGUGCCGCUGCGCCCUGCGCUCCGACCCCACAGACUUCACGUACGAGUUCAGCGGCAACAAAACAGUGAGGGAGUGCGGAGGCAACUUUGUUUACGACCACAGCGAGGUCCACCAGAGCAUCGUGACCGACUGGGACUUGGUGUGCGACAAGGAGUGGCUAGCCAAGCUGUGCCAGCCCACCUUCAUGCUGGGCGUGUUGAUCGGAGCGCUGGUGUUUGGGGACGUUGCCGACAGAGUCGGUCGUGUGAAGAUCCUGAUGUUUACCAGCUUCUGUCAGUUUGGACUCGGGCUGUUGGUGGCGUUCUCCUUAAACUACUAUUGUUUUGUGGUGCUCCGCUUUUUGCUUGCAAUGGUGUCCAGCGGCUACCUGGUGGUGGUGUUUGUCUACGUGACAGAGUUCACCGGCAUCAAGGUGCGCACGUGGACCUCCAUGCACGUCCACGCAGCCUUUGCCUUGGGCAUCAUGGUGGUGGCUCUGACCGGCUACCUGGUCCGGGUCUGGUGGAUCUACCAAAUUGUCCUCUCCGUUUGCACGUCACCCUUCCUCCUCUUCUGCUGGAAGUUCCCCGAGACGCCAUUUUAUCUGAUGGCCAAGGGCCGCUACAAGGAGACCCAGGCCCUGCUGGACGCCAUUGCCCGUUGCAACGGCCUGGAGUGCAGGCUGAAGGCGGAGGAUCUUCUGGAGCCGGAGAGGACGGAGAACGGCGAUACUCUGCUGAAGCAGGAGGGGAAGGAGAGGCCGGCGCAGCCUGAGAAGAAGCUGUCCAUCCUGGAUCUGUUUGGUAGUUGGAGGAUGGCGAGUCGAACCUGCACAGUUUGGGCAAUCUGGUUCAUAGGCAGCUUGGGCUACUACGUCUUCUCUUUAGGCUCCGUCAACCUGGGAGGAAACCAGUACAUCAACCUCUUCUUGGCUGGUGCAGUGGAGAUCCCCUCGUAUCUGGUUGGCUGUUAUGCUAUGGACCGGAUUGGGAGGAAGAAGACUUGUGCCCCGGCGCUGCUCCUGGCCGGGGCCUCGUGUAUGCUCAUCAUAGUGGUGCCAGCUGACAACCAGGCCCUGGUUGUCACUCUCAGCAUGAUAGGAAAGUUUGCUGUYGCAAUCGCCUUUGGCCUCAUCUACCUGUACACCUGCGAGCUUUACCCAACCAUCAUCAGCUCAUUGUAGGAAUCCUGGCUUUCAUCAUUGGAGUGCUGACUCUGCUGCUGCCCGAGACGCUGGGCAAACCCUUAACAACCACCCUGGAGGAGGCCGAGUCUCUCGGACGUGACCCCAGUAAGAAGCACUCAGGUCCGAMCAACAGAGACGCAGAGGAAGGGAUGGAGCUGAAUCAGAACGAAACAAAGACUGCGUGCUGGAGAGAAAAUAAAGACAUGUCUGGAAGAACAGAAUAGACKAACGAGAGGGGAAAGGGGAAAAAAGAUUAAUUGAAACUGUUAAAAUUAUUUGUUUACUUUGUGUUUUGCAACCUGACUAUAGUUGCAAAGUGUUUUUAGAAGUCUGCUACAUACAUUCAUCAGUCACUSUCUGAUUAUGAAGUCAUUGUGUGCUUUAUGAGUGGUAUUUAUAUGUACUGUGYGAGGUAACUUACAGAAAAAAUACAUACUGAUGGACAAACUCAUCCCUUUUUUUUGCAGAUAAAGUAAUCCAUAUGAUUGAACUGCUGCACAAAUUUACCUUAUGGGGUGCCAAGUGUAAAAUAAAAUGUUAAAAAAAAUGUCACUAACACAUUUUCAUUAUUUAGUUCACUUUCUGAGAGUAAAAUCCUAG